UACUGACGUAAAUGCGUGCAGACGAAGACUGCAGCGCUUACUUCCGUUCGUUUUUACAGUUCUCAGAAUUCGAAUUGGCUCUCUUCAAAUAUGAAACUUCUCUCGAGGUUUCCUUUCCCUGUAAGCCCCAGGCCACUUCUUGAAAAUGGCAGAAAUGAAUAAACGUCUGAGUUUGGUUUUACUGGGAAAAAUAGGAGCUGGGAAAAGUGCAUCAGGAAACACAAUUCUGGGACGACCAGCUUUUAAAUCAAAGAGAAGUUUAACUUCUGUCACACAAGACGUAGUUGUUGAAUCUGGGACUGUCUGUGGCCGACUGGUCACUGUUUAUGACACACCAGGAUUAUUUAACCCAAAGCGGAGUGCUAAAGAAAUUCAAGAAAUACACACACGUGUUCUUCAGGAAUGUGAGUCAGGUCACUGUGUGUUUCUGCUGGUCAUCAAAGUUGGCAGAUUCACUGAAAAAGAGAGAAAAACUGUGGAGAAUAUUGAAAACCUCCUGGGAGGAAAACGCUUGAAGAAAACCUGGAUUCUCUUUACUGGAAAAGAUGAACUGGAGGAAGAAGACACGACAAUCGAAAAAUUAAUCAAUGAAACUGAACCACUGAAGAAACUUGUUCAGAAAUAUGAUCAGAGAUACCACGCGUUCAACAACGAGAUAACUGGAGAUGCUACACAAGUUCAAGAGCUGUUAACAAAAAUAUGUAGAUACACAAUAGUGAGGAUUGUUCUUCUGGGUUCGAGCGUGUCAGAAAACAGUCUGGUGGGGAACUUCAUCUUAGGACGAGCAGCGUUUGACAGUGAAGCUCCUCCAGAUGUUGUAGAGAGAGUCGGAGGAAGACUGAAGGACAGACACGUGAUGGUCAUCAACAGUCCUCAGCUGCUCCAGAGGAACAUCUCAGAUCAUCAGAUCACACAGACAGUGAGAGAGUGUGUGCAUCUGUCUGAUCCAGGACCUCAUGUGAUCCUUCUGCUCCUCAAACAUGAGCCGUGUUCAGCAGAAGAUCAGGAGCGUGUGGAGAAGGUGCUGCUCACUUUCUCUGAGCAGGUUUAUCAACACACCAUGGUGCUCACAACACAAGAGACCAAUGAAACCAGUGUCGUCCUACAGAACAUCAUUCAGAAGUGUGCAAACAGACACUUCAGUCUUCAGAGGAGCAGCUCUCCAGAUGAUCUCCUGCAGAUGUUUGAGGACAUUGUGAAGAUGAAUGAUGGACUUCACCUGGAGUGUGAUGAAGUUUCAGAGUGUAAAAAGCUGAAUCUGGUUGUGUGUGGGAGUGAUGGGACAUUGAAAUCCUUCAUAUCACAUCUGAUCCUGCAGCAGACAGACAGAAGAUCAGACAGGGAGCUUCAUGUAAUAGAUCUUCCAGCUCUCAUCCGUCUCUCAGAAGAGGAAGUGAUGCGUCAGACUCACCGCUGUGUGUCUCUCUGUCAUCCUGGAGUUCAUGUGUUCAUCCUCAUCAUUCCUGAUGAUACACUUAAUAAUGAAGACAGAGCAGAAAUAGAGAAGAUCCAGAGGAUCUUCAGCUCUAGAGUCAACAAACACAUCAUGAUCCUCAUAAAGCAGAGUUCAGAUCAUCAGACAGGAGAACUAAAUGAAGAAACACAGUCUGUCAUUGAGAGAUUUGGAGGACGACAUCAUUUCAUUGGGCCAAACACACAGGUGUCCACAUUGAUGGAGAUACUGGAGCAGAUGGUUGAGGAAAACAGAGGAGAGUUUUUCUCCACAGAGACAUUGAUGGAUGCACAGAUGGAAAAACUGCUGAAAUUUGAAGAGAUGAAGAAGAAAAUUCAGUCACUAGAAACACAUUUACUGUCACAAGGUUCAACAGAGAGAGAAGAUGAUCUGAUGAUUGUGCUGCUGGGAAAAACUGGAGUCGGGAAGAGUGCAACUGGAAACACCAUCUUAGGAAGAGAAGCAUUUACAGCAGAAGCAUCUCAAGAGUCUGUUACUAAAGAGUGUCAGAGAGAAACAUCUGAAAUAAAGGGCAGACACAUUACUGUGAUCGACACUCCAGGACUGUUUGAUACUGAACUCAGUAAUGAAGAAAUACAAAGAGAAAUCAGUAACAGCAUCUCCAUGAUCCUGCCUGGACCACAUGUGUUCAUCAUCGUGCUCAGUUUAGGACAACGGUUCACUAAAGAAGAAGCAACAGCUGUGGAGAUCAUCCAGGAGACGUUUGGAGAGAAAUCUAUAAUGUUCACCAUGGUGCUCUUCACCAGAGGAGAUGAUCUGAAGAACAAAACCAUUGAUCAGUGUCUGGGAAAACCUGGAUCUGCUCUGAAUCAGCUGAUUGAAGCGUGUGGAAACAGAUUCCAUGUGUUCAAUAAUAAAGAGACUGAAGACCGAACACAAGUGACUGAUCUACUGCAGAAGAUAGACAACAUGGUGAAAGAGAACGGAGGGAGUUACUACUCAUGUAAGAUGUUCAGAGAGAUGGAGAGACAAAUACAAGAACAACAGAAGAAGAUACUGAUGGAGAGAGUCAGAGAACGAGAAGAAGAGAUUAAGAAACUAGAAGAAGAGAAAGAGAGGAUGAAGAUGGAUGAACAUCAUGACAAAGAGAGAAGAGAAGAAGAGUUUAGAGAGAGAGAAGAACAAUAUAAGAGAGACAUUAAAGAAAUAAAGGAGAAAGAGAGAGAGAUGAGAGAGGAGAUGAAAAGAGAACGAGAGGAAUGGGAGAAACAGAAACAACAGGGAAAAAAAAGAAGAAAAGAAGAAUAUAAAACAAUAAUGAAAGAGAGAGAAGAGCUUCAAUCUAAAAUGGAAGCAGAAGAAAACAAGAUGAAGAUCCUGAUGGAGAAGCUGGACAGAGAAAGAGAAGAACUGAUGAAGAAACAUGAAGAAGAGAAAGAGAGAAUGAAGAUGGAGGAAGAACGACAGAAUCAUGACACAGAGAGAAAGAGAAGAGAAGAAGAGUUUAAUGAGAGGGAAGAGAGAUAUAAAAGAGAAAUGAAGGAACAGGAGGAACAGAUGAGAGACGAGAUGAAAAGUGUAAAAGAGGAGUGUAAGAAUGAAAGAAAGGAAAUAAGGAAAAAAAUAGAGACUGUAAAGAAAGAAAAAGAAAAUCUUCAGAUCAGAUAUGACACAGAAACAGACAGAAUGAUGAACAGAAUAGAGAUUGACAGACAACAUCAUGAGAAAGAGAGAAAGAGAAGAGAGGAAGACAUUAGAGAAAGUGAAGAACGAUAUAAAACACAAAUAAAGGAGAAAGAGAGAGAGAUGAAAGAGGAGAUGAAGAGAGAACGAGAGGAAUGGGAGAAACAGAAAGAAGAAGAGAGACGAAGAGCAAAAGAAGUUGAGAAAAGAAUAGAGAGAGAGAGACAGAUUUGUGAUGAAGAGAUUCAGAGACUGAAGAGUGAAAUGGAGAGAAUAAUCAGAGAGAAAGAUAGAAUAGAAAGAGAGAGACGAGAACAAGUAGAGGAUUCAGAGAAGAGAAUGAAAGAAGAAAGAAAGAUGAGAGAAGAUGAACAGAAGACUCUUGAAGAACAGCAUGAAGAAGAACUGAAGAGAAAACGAGUGGAUGUGAGAGAGGAAUAUGAAAGAGAGGAAGAGGAGAAGAAGAAGAUCUGCCCUGAAACUGAUCCUUCACUGCAGGAACUUGAGAGCAAAAUAAUCAAAUUUCUGAAGAAAGAACUGGAAAAGUUUAAGAAAAUAUUACAAAAAGAGAACUUGCAAUACUUUGUGAAGGACUUUAUUGAGAACAGAUGCAGUAUGAAAGAAGCAGCUCUUGAUCUCACGCUCUACUUCCUGAGAGAGAUGAAGCAAGAUGAAGCUGCUGAUACUCUAGAAGAUGAGCUGUUUUUCAUUCAUCAGCUAAAGUGUAGCCUAAAGAAGAAGUAUCAAUGUGUGUCUGAAGGAAUUGCAAAGCAAGGUGACUCUACACUUCUGAAGAACAUCUACACAGAUCUCUAUAUCACUCAGGGUUGUAGUGAACAGGUCAAUACUGAACAUGAGGUGAGACAGACUGAAGUUGCUUCCAGACGUCAUGAAUCACAGGAGAUACAGGUUGAGUGCAAACAUUUGUUUGAAGCACCUGAACAAGACAAGCAGAUCAGAACUGUACUGACAAAAGGAGUUGCUGGCAUCGGAAAAUCAGUCUCUGUGCAGAAGUUUGUUCUGGAUUGGGCCGAAGGAAAAGAAAAUCAAGAUAUCAGCUUCAUAUUUCCUCUUCCAUUUAGAGAGAUGAACUUAAAGGAGAAAGAAAAACUAAGUUUGAUGGACCUUAUAACUCAGUUUUUCACAGAGACAAAAGGACUGAACCUUACGAGAAGAAAUCAAUUCAAAGUCUUGUUCAUUCUUGAUGGUUUGGAUGAAUGUCGACUUCCUGUAAACUUUAAGGAUAAUGAGACGUGGUCUGAUGUUUCAUCACCAGCCUCUCUGGAUGUUCUCCUGACGAACCUCAUCAAGGGAAAUCUGCUUCCUUCUGCUCUCAUCUGGAUCACCAGCAGACCAGCAGCUGCCAGUAAGAUUCCUCCAGACUGUAUCGACCGGCUGACAGAGAUACGAGGAUUCAAUGAUGCACAAAAGGAAGAGUACUUCAGAAAAAGAGUCACGGAUGAGAAUCAGGCCAAAGAAAUCAUUGAUCAUGUUAAACAAUCAAAGAGUCUCUUUAUCAUGUGCCACAUCCCAAUCUUCUGCUGGAUUUCAGCCACUGUUCUCCAGAACAUUUUAGAGGAGAAAAGAUAUAAUGUUGUGAAAAACAAUCAGGCUGAUGAUGCCUCCAAAACACUGCAGAAGUCAAAUACUGAAGACACUCCUAAGACUCUGACACCAAUUUACACACACUUCCUCAGAUUUCAGAUCCAGCAGAGCAGACUAAAGUAUGAUGGAGAAUAUUCACCGGAUGUUUCCUGGGAUAAAGAUACCAUCUUUUCACUGGGAAAACUGGCAUUUGAUCAGCUGGAAAGAAACAAUGUGAUCUUCUAUGACACAGAUCUGGAAGCCUGUGGUAUUGACGUCUAUAAGGCAUCAGUGUACUCAGGCAUGUGUACCCAGAUCUUUAAGGAGGAAAUGGGGAUCACUCUUGGUACCAUGUACUGCUUCAUUCACUUGAGCAUUCAAGAGUUUAUUGCAGCUCUUUAUGCACAUCUGUUUCUAGACAUCAACAAGAAAUGUGUGUUUGAUCAAGACUCUACAGGACAGGAAAACAAAAGUGAAACCAUGAUUGAUUUGCUCAAGACUGCAGUGGACAAGACACUAGAGAUUGAUAAUGGACACGUGGAUCUUUUUCUUCGUUUCCUCCUUGGUUUGUCACUCCAGUCCAAUCAGAGACUCUUACAGGGUCUGUUGACACACGAAGAAGACAAUGAGCAGAGCAAAAAGGAAAUAGUUCAGUACAUCAAGCAGAAAUUAGAGUCUAAUCUGUCUCCAGAGAGAUCCAUCAAUCUGUUCUACUGUCUGAAUGAACUGAACGACCAAACUCUGGUGGAAGACAUUCAGACCCACCUUAGCAAAGGAAGUCUCUCAUCUGCUGAUCUUUCACCUGCCCAGUGGUCUGCUUUGGUCUUUGUGUUGUUGACAUCAGAGGAGGAGCUGGAGGAGUUUGAGCUUCAGAAAUUCAAGAAAUCAGACGAGUGUCUCAUUAGAUUAUCAGCAGUCAUCAAAACCUGCAAAAGAGCUCUGCUAAAUGAUUGUGGCUUAACUGACAAAAGCUGCCCAGCUCUGGCUUCAGUUCUUGGAUCAGAUACCAAUCUGAAAGAGCUGAACAUGAACAAUAAUAAUCUGCAGGACUCAGGAGUGAAGCUCCUCUGCACUGGACUGAAGAAUAUAAACUGUAAAUUAGAGAUACUGAGACUUUCAGACUGCAGUAUCACUGAAGAAGGUUAUAAGGCUCUGUCCUCAGCUCUGAGAUCAAACCCUUCACACCUGAUAGAGCUGGAUCUCACAGGAAAUGAUCCUGGAGAAUCAGGAGUGAAGCAGCUCAGUGAUUUACUACAGGAUCCAAACUGUCAACUCAACACACUGAGGUUUUUGGGUCCUGCUGCAGAUGAAGGCUGUCAAUAUGUGACUGGAAUUGUGGGUAAAAACCCGUUACUCCUGAGAGAGCUGGAUCUGAGUGGACGUAAACUAGGAGACACAGGAGUGAAUCAGAUCUCUGCUCUACUGCAGGAUAAACACUGUACACUCAACACACUGAAACUUUCAGACUGCAGUAUCACUGAAGAAGGUUAUAAAGCUCUGUCUUCAGCUCUGAGAUCAAACCCUUCACACCUGAUAGAGCUGGAUCUCACAGGCAAUGAUCCUGGAGAAUCAGGAGUGAAGCAGCUCAGUGAUUUACUACAGGAUCCAAACUGUAAACUUAAGACACUGAGGUUUUUGGGUCCUGCUGCGGAUGAAGGCUGUCAGUAUGUGACUGGAAUUGUGGGUAAAAACCCGUUACUUCUGAGAGAGCUGGAUCUGAGUGGACAUGAACUAAGAGACACAGGAGUGAAUCAGAUCUCUGCUCUACUGCAGGAUAAACACUGUAGACUCAACACACUGAAUCUGAAGAACAACUGUAUCACAGAAGGAGGUUGUCAUGUUCUGGCUGCAGCUCUAAAUUCAAACCCUUCAAAUCUGACAGAGCUGAAUCUGAGUGAGAAUAAACUAGGAAACCCAGGAAUGAAGAUCAUCUUGACUCGGUUUGAAAAUGGACAGUGCAGACUGGAAAAGCUGAAGUUAAACUGCAUCAGUAUUACAGGUGAAGGUUGUGCUGCUCUGGCAUCAGCGUUGAAUUCAAACCUCAGAGAGCUGGAUCUGAGCAGGAAUCAAAUAGGAGACUCUGGAGUGGCAGAAAUCUCCAGUCUGCUGAGAAAUUCACAGACACUACAGAUACUCAGACUUUCAGACUGCAGUAUCAGUGAAGAAGGUUAUAAAGCUCUGUCUUCAGCUCUGAGAUCAAACCCUUCACACCUGAUAGAGCUGGAUCUCACAGGAAAUGAUCCUGGAGAAUCAGGAGUGAAGCUGCUCAGUGAUUUACUACAGGAUCCAAACUGUCAACUCAAAGCACUGAGGUUUUUGGGUCCUGCUGCUGAUGAAGGCUGUCAGUAUGUGUCUGGAAUUGUGGGUAAAAACCCGUUACUCCUGAGAGAGCUGUAUCUGAGUGGACAUGAACUAGGAGACACAGGAGUGAAUCAGAUCUCUGCUCUACUGCAGGAUAAACACUGUACACUCAACACACUGAAUCUGAAGAACAACUGUAUCACAGAAGGAGGUUGUCAUGUUCUGGCUGCAGCUCUAAAUUCAAACCCUUCAAAUCUGACAGAGCUGGAUCUGAGUGAGAAUAAACUAGGAAACCCAGGAAUGAAGAUCAUCUUGACUCUGUUUGAAAAUGGACAGUGUAGACUGGAAAAGCUGAGUCUGAAGAACAACUGUAUCACAGAAGGAGGUUGUCAUGUUCUGGCUGCAGCUCUAAAUUCAAACCCUUCACGUCUGACAGAGCUGGAUCUGAGUGAGAAUAAACUAGGAAACCCAGGGAUGAAGAUCAUCUUGACUCUGUUUGAAAAUGAACAGUGUAGACUGGAAAAGCUGAAGUUAAACUGCAUCAGUAUUACAGAUGAAGGUUGUGCUCCUCUGGCAUCAGCGUUUAAUUCAAACCUCAGAGAGCUGGAUCUGAGCAGCAAUCAAAUAGGAGACUCUGGAUUGACCGAAAUCUCCAGUCUGCUGAGAAAUUCACAGACACUACAGAUACUCAGACUUUCAGACUGCAGUAUCACUGAAGAAGGUUAUAAAGCUCUGUCUUCAGCUCUGAGAUCAAAUCCUUCACACCUGAUAGAGCUAGAUCUCACAGGAAAUGAUCCUGGAGAAUCAGGAGUGAAGCUCCUCAGUGAUUUACUACAGGAUCCAAACUGUCAACUCAAGGCUCUGAGGUUUUUGGGUCCUGCUGCAGAUGAAGGCUGUCAGUAUGUGACUGGAAUUGUGGGUAAAAACCCGUUACUCCUGAGAGAGCUGGAACUGACUGGACAUAAACUAGGAGACACAGGAGUGAAUCAGAUCUCUGCUCUACUGCAGGAUAAACACUGUACACUCAACACACUGAAUCUGUGUGUAUGCAGUAUUACAGAGAAACAGUGUGUCAUCCUGACUUCAGCUCUGAAAUCAAACCCAUCACACCUGAGAGAACUGAACCUGAGCUGGAAUAAACUACUAGGAGACUCUGGAGUGAAACACCUCAGUGAUCUACUGAUGAACACACAAUUCAAGCUGGAGAAACUACAUCUGUGUGAUUGCAGUAUUACAGAGAAAGAGUGUCUCAUCCUGACUUCAGCUCUGAAAUCAAACCCAUCACACCUGAGAGAACUGAACCUGAGUGUGAAUAAACUACUAGGAGACUCUGGAGUGAAACACCUCAGUGAUCUACUGAUGAACACACAAUUCAAGCUGGAGAAACUAGAUCUGUGGGGAUGCAGUAUUACAGAGAAACAGUGUCUCAUCCUGACUUCAGCUCUGAAAUCAAACCCAUCACACCUGAGAGAACUGAACCUGAGCUGGAAUCAAAUAAAAAACACCGGAGUGAAUCACUUAUGUGACGUACUGAAGGAUUCACACUGUAAACUGGAGAGAUUGAGACUUUCAGACUGCAGUAUCAGUGAAGAAGGUUAUAAAGCUCUGUCUUCAGCUCUGAGAUCAAAUCCUUCACACCUGAUAGAGCUGGAUCUCACAGGAAAUGAUCCUGGAGAAUCAGGAGUGAAGCAGCUCAGUGAUUUACUACAGGAUCCAAACUGUCAACUCAAGACUCUGAGGUUUUUGGGUCCUGCUGCAGAUGAAGGCUGUCAGUAUGUGACUGGAAUUGUGGGUAAAAACCCGUUACUCCUGAGAGAGCUGGAUCUGAGUAAACAUGAACUAGGAGACACAGGAGUGAAUCAGAUCUCUGCUCUACUGCAGGAUAAACACUGUACACUCAACACACUGAAUCUACGUGAUUGCAGUAUUACAGAGAAACCGUGUCUCACCCUGACUUCAGCUCUGAAAUCAAACCCAUCACACCUGAGAGAACUGAACCUGAGCGGGAAUAAACUACUAGGAGACUCUGGAGUGAAACACCUCAGUGAUCUACUGAUGAACACACAAUUCAAGCUGGAGAAACUACAUCUGUGUGGAUGCAGUAUUACAGAGAAACAGUGUCUCAUCCUGACUUCAGCUCUGAAAUCAAACCCAUCACACCUGAGAGAACUGAACCUGAGCAGGAAUAAACUACUAGGAGACUCUGGAGUGAAACACCUCAGUGAUCUACUGAUGAACACACAAUUCAAGCUGGAGAAACUACAUCUGUGGGAUUGCAGUAUUACAGAGAAACAGUGUCUCAUCCUGACUUCAGCUCUGAAAUCAAACCCAUCACACCUGAGAGAACUCAACCUGAGCAGGAAUAAACUACUAGGAGACUCUGGAGUGAAACACCUCAGUGAUCUACUGAUGAACACACAAUUCAAGCUGGAGAAACUACAUCUGUGUGGAUGCAGUAUUACAGAGAAACAGUGUCUCAUCCUGACUUCAGCUCUGAAAUCAAACCCAUCACACCUGAGAGAACUGAACCUGAGUGUGAAUAAACUACUAGGAGACUCUGGAGUGAAACACCUCAGUGAUCUACUGAUGAACACACAAUUCAAGCUGGAGAAACUACAUCUGUGUUAUUGCAGUAUUACAGAGAAACAGUGUGUCAUCCUGACUUCAGCUCUGAAAUCAAACCCAUCACACCUGAGAGAACUGAACCUGAGUUGGAAUGAACUACUAGGAGACUCUGGAGUGAAAAACCUCAGUGAUCUACUGAUGAACACACAAUUCAAGCUGGAGAAACUAGAUCUGAGUAGAUGCAGUAUUACAGAGAAACAGUGUCUCAUCCUGACUUCAGCUCUGAAAUCAAACCCAUCACACCUGAGAGAACUGAUCCUGAGCUGGAGUAAACUUGGAGACUCUGGAGUGAAACACCUCCGUGAUCUACUGAUGAACACACAAUUCAAGCUGGAGAAACUAGAUCUGUGUGGAUGCAGUAUUACAGAGAAACAGUGUCUCAUCCUGACUUCAGCUCUGAAAUCAAACCCAUCACACCUGAGAGAACUGAACCUGAGCUGGAAUAAACUACUAGGAGACUCUGGAGUGAAACACCUCAGUGAUCUACUGAUGAACACACAAUUCAAGCUGGAGAAACUACAUCUGUAUGAUUGCAGGAUUACAGAGAAACAGUGUCUCAUCCUGACUUCAGCUCUGAAAUCAAACCCAUCACACCUGAGAGAACUGAACCUGAGCUGGAAUAAACUACUAGGAGACUCUGGAGUGAAACACCUCAGUGAUCUACUGAUGAACACACAAUUCAAGCUGGAGAAACUACAGUUAAACUGCAUCAGUAUUACAGAUGAAGGUUGUGCUGCUCUGGCAUCAGCGUUUAAUUCAAACCUCAGAGAGCUGGAUCUGAGCAGGAAUCAAAUAGGAGACUCUGGAGUGACAGAAAUCUCCAGUCUGCUGAGAAAUUCACAGACACUACAGAUACUCAGACUUUCAGACUGCAGUAUCAGUGAAGAAGGUUAUAAAGCUCUGUCUUCAGCUCUGAGAUCAAACCCUUCACACCUGAUAGAGCUGGAUCUCACAGGAAAUGAUCCUGGAGAAUCAGGAGUGAAGCAGCUCAGUGAUUUACUACAGGAUCCAAACUGUCAACUCAAGACUCUGAGGUUUUUGGGUCCUGCUGCAGAUGAAGGCUGUCAGUAUGUGACUGGAAUUGUGGGUAAAAACCCGUUACUCCUGAGAGAGCUGGAUCUGAGUAAACAUGAACUAGGAGACACAGGAGUGAAUCAGAUCUCUGCUCUACUGCAGGAUAAACACUGUACACUCAACACACUGAAUCUGUAUAGAUGCAGUAUUACAGAGAAACAGUGUCUCAUCCUGACUUCAGCUCUGAAAUCAAACCCAUCACACCUGAGAGAACUGAACCUGAGCGGGAAUAAACUACUAGGAGACUCUGGAGUGAAACACCUCAGUGAUCUACUGAUGAACACACAAUUCAAGCUGGAGAAACUAGAUCUGUAUAGAUGCAGUAUUACAGAGAAACAGUGUCUCAUCCUGACUUCAGCUCUGAAAUCAAACCCAUCACACCUGAGAGAACUGAACCUGAGCGGGAAUAAACUACUAGGAGACUCUGGAGUGAAACACCUCAGUGAUCUACUGAUGAACACACAAUUCAAGCUGGAGAAACUAGAUCUGUAUAGAUGCAGUAUUACAGAGAAACAGUGUCUCAUCCUGACUUCAGCUCUGAAAUCAAACCCAUCACACCUGAGAGAACUGAACCUGAGCGGGAAUAAACUACUAGGAGACUCUGGAGUGAAACACCUCAGUGAUCUACUGAUGAACACACAAUUCAAGCUGGAGAAACUAGAUCUGUAUAGAUGCAGUAUUACAGAGAAACAGUGUCUCAUCCUGACUUCAGCUCUGAAAUCAAACCCAUCACACCUGAGAGAACUGAACCUGAGCGGGAAUAAACUACUAGGAGACUCUGGAGUGAAACACCUCAGUGAUCUACUGAUGAACACACAAUUCAAGCUGGAGAAACUAGAUCUGUGUGGAUGCAGUAUUACAGAGAAACAGUGUCUCAUCCUGACUUCAGCUCUGAAAUCAAACCCAUCACACCUGAGAGAACUGGACCUGAGCUGGAAUAAACUACUAGGAGACUCUGGAGUGAAACACCUCAGUGAUCUACUGAUGAACACACAAUUCAAGCUGGAGAAACUAGAUCUGUGGGGAUGCAGUAUUACAGAGAAACAGUGUCUCAUCCUGACUUCAGCUCUGAAAUCAAACCCAUCACACCUGAGAGAACUGAACCUGAGCGGGAAUGAACUACUAGGAGACUCUGGAGUGAAACACCUCAGUGAUCUACUGAUGAACACACAAUUCAAGCUGGAGAAACUAGAUCUGUGGGGAUGCAGUAUUACAGAGAAACAGUGUCUCAUCCUGACUUCAGCUCUGAAAUCAAACCCAUCACACCUGAGAGAACUGAACCUGAGCUGGAAUGAACUACUAGGAGACUCUGGAGUGAAACACCUCAGUGAUCUACUGAUGAACACACAAUUCAAGCUGGAGAAACUAGAUCUGUGUGAAUGCAGUAUUACAGAGAAACAGUGUCUCAUCCUGACUUCAGCUCUGAAAUCAAACCCAUCACACCUGAGAGAACUGAACCUGAGCGUGAAUAAACUACUAGGAGACUCUGGAGUGAAACACCUCAGUGAUCUACUGAUGAACACACAAUUCAAGCUGGAGAAACUAAAUCUGUGUGGAUGCAGUAUUACAGAGAAACAGUGUCUCAUCCUGAUUUCAGCUCUGAAAUCAAACCCAUCACACCUGAGAGAACUGGACCUGAGCUGGAAUCAAAUAAAAAACACAGGAGUGAAUCACUUAUGUGACGUACUGAAGGAUUCACGCUGUAAACUGGAGAGAUUGAGACUUUCAGACUGCAGUAUCACUGAAGAAGGUUAUAAAGCUCUGUCCUCAGCUCUGAGAUCAAACCCUUCACACCUGAUAGAGCUGGAUCUCACAGGAAAUGAUCCUGGAGAAUCAGGAGUGAAGCAGCUCAGUGAUUUACUACAGGAUCCAAACUGUCAACUCAACACACUGAGGUUUUUGGGUCCUGCUGCAGAUGAAGGCUGUCAGUAUGUGACUGGAAUUGUGGGUAAAAACCCGUUACUCCUGAGAGAGCUGGAACUGACUGGACGUGAACUAGGAGACACAGGAGUGAAUCAGAUCUCUGCUCUACUGCAGGAUAAACACUGUACACUCAACACACUGAAUCUGAGUGGAUGCAGUAUUACAGAGAAACAGUGUCUCAUCCUGACUUCAGCUCUGAAAUCAAACCCAUCACACCUGAGAGAACUGAACCUGAGCUGGAAUAAACUACUAGGAGACUCUGGAGUGAAACACCUCAGUGAUCUACUGAUGAACACACAAUUCAAGCUGGAGAAACUACAUCUGUGUGAAUGCAGUAUUACAGAGAAACAGUGUCUCAUCCUGACUUCAGCUCUGAAAUCAAACCCAUCACACCUGAGAGAACUGAACCUGAGUCUGAAUGAACUACUAGGAGACUCUGGAGUGAAACACCUCAGUGAUCUACUGAUGAACACACAAUUCAAGCUGGAGAAACUACAUCUGUGUGAAUGCAGUAUUACAGAGAAACAGUGUCUCAUCCUGACUUCAGCUCUGAAAUCAAACCCAUCACACCUGAGAGAACUCAACAUGAGCAGGAAUCAAAUAAAAAACACAGGAGUGAAUCACUUAUGUGACGUACUGAAGGAUUCACGCUGUAAACUGGAGAGAUUGAGACUUUCAGACUGCAGUAUCACUGAAGAAGGUUAUAAAGCUCUGUCUUCAGCUCUGAGAUCAAACCCUUCACACCUGAUAGAGCUGGAUCUCACAGGAAAUGAUCCUGGAGAAUCAGGAGUGAAGCAGCUCAGUGAUUUACUACAGGAUCCAAACUGUCAACUCAACACACUGAGUCUGAAGAACAACUGUAUCACAGAAGGAGGUUGUCAUGUUCUGGCUGCAGCUCUAAAUUCAAACCCUUCAAAUCUGACAGAGCUGGAUCUGAGUGAGAAUAAACUAGGAGACUCUGGAGUGACAGAAAUCUCCAGUCUGCUGAGAAAUUCACAGACACUACAGAUACUCAGUCUGUGUAGAUGCAGUUUUACAGAGAAACAGUUUCUCAUCCUGACUUCAGCUCUGAAAUCAAACCCAUCACACCUGAGAGAACUGAACCUGAGCAGGAAUGAACUACUAGGAGACUCUGGAGUGAAACACCUCAGUGAUCUACUGAUGAACACACAAUUCAAGCUGGAGAAACUAGAUCUGUAUAGAUGCAGUAUUACAGAGAAACAGUGUCUCAUCCUGACUUCAGCUCUGAAAUCAAACCCAUCACACCUGAGAGAACUGAACCUGAGCUGUAAUAAACUACUAGGAGACUCUGGAGUGAAACACCUCAGUGAUAUACUGAUGAACACACAAUUCAAGCUGGAGAAACUACAUCUGCGUUAUUGCAGUAUUACAGAGAAACAGUGUCUCAUCCUGACUUCAGCUCUGAAAUCAAACCCAUCACACCUGAGAGAACUCAACCUGAGCGGGAAUGAACUACUAGGAGACUCUGGAGUGAAACACCUCAGUGAUCUACUGAUGAACACACAAUUCAAGCUGGAGAAACUAGAUCUGUAUGAUUGCAGUAUUACAGAGAAACAGUGUCUCAUCCUGACUUCAGCUCUGAAAUCAAACCCAUCACACCUGAGAGAACUGAACCUGAGCUGGAAUAAACUACUAGGAGACUCUGGAGUGAAACACCUCAGUGAUCUACUGAUGAACACACAAUUCAAGCUGGAGAAACUAGAGUUAAACUGCAUCAGUAUUACAGAUGAAGGUUGUGCUGCUCUGGCAUCAGCGUUUAAUUCAAACCUCAGAGAGCUGGAUCUGAGCAGGAAUCAAAUAGGAGACUCUGGAGUGACAGAAAUCUCCAGUCUGCUGAGAAAUUCACAGACACUACAGAUACUCAGACUUUCAGACUGCAGUAUCAGUGAAGAAGGUUAUAAAGCUCUGUCUUCAGCUCUGAGAUCAAAUCCUUCACACCUGAUAGAGCUGGAUCUCACAGGAAAUGAUCCUGGAGAGUCAGGAGUGAAGCAGCUCAGUGAUUUACUACAGGAUCCAAACUGUCAACUCAAGACUCUGAGGUGUUUGGGUCCUGCUGCAGAUGAAGGCUGUCAGUAUGUGACUGGAAUUGUGGGUAAAAACCCGUUACUCCUGAGAGAGCUGGAUCUGAUUGGACGUGAACUAGGAGACACAGGAGUGAAUCAGAUCUCUGCUCUACUGCAGGAUAAACACUGUACACUCAACACACUGAAUCUGAGUUAUUGCAGUAUUACAGAGAAACAGUGUCUCAUCCUGACUUCAGCUCUGAAAUCAAACCCAUCACACCUGAGAGAACUGAAUCUGAGCAGGAAUAAACUACUAGGAGACUCUGGAGUGAAACACCUCAGUGAUCUACUGAUGAACACACAAUUCAAGCUGGAGAAACUAGAUCUGAGUGGAUGCAGUAUUACAGAGAAACAGUGUCUCAUCCUGACUUCAGCUCUGAAAUCAAACCCAUCACACCUGAGAGAACUGAACCUGAGCUGGAAUGAACUACUAGGAGACUCUGGAGUGAAACACCUCAGUGAUCUACUGAUGAACACACAAUUCAAGCUGGAGAAACUAGAUCUGCGUGGAUGCAGUAUUACAGAGAAACAGUGUCUCAUCCUGACUUCAGCUCUGAAAUCAAACCCAUCACACCUGAGAGAACUGAACCUGAGCAGGAAUGAACUACUAGGAGACUCUGGAGUGAAACACCUCAGUGAUCUACUGAUGAACACACAAUUCAAGCUGGAGAAACUAGAUCUGUGUAGAUGCAGUAUUACAGAGAAACAGUGUCUCAUCCUGACUUCAGCUCUGAAAUCAAACCCAUCACACCUGAGAGAACUGAACCUGAGCUGGAAUAAACUACUAAGAGACUCUGGAGUGAAACACCUCAGUGAUCUACUGAUGAACACACAAUUCAAGCUGGAGAAACUAGAUCUGUGUGGAUGCAGUAUUACAGAGGAACAGUGUCUCAUCCUGACUUCAGCUCUGAAAUCAAACCCAUCACACCUGAGAGAACUGAACCUGAGCAGGAAUGAACUACUAGGAGACUCUGGACUGAAACACCUCAGUGAUCUACUGAUGAACACACAAUUCAAGCUGGAGAAACUACAUCUGUGUGGAUGCAGUAUUACAGAGAAACAGUGUCUCAUCCUGACUUCAGCUCUGAAAUCAAACCCAUCACACCUGAGAGAACUGAACCUGAGCAGGAAUGAACUACUAGGAGACUCUGGAGUGAAACACCUCAGUGAUCUACUGAUGAACACACAAUUCAAGCUGGAGAAACUACAUCUGAGUGGAUGCAGUAUUACAGAGAAACAGUGUCUCAUCCUGACUUCAGCUCUGAAAUCAAACCCAUCACACCUGAGAGAACUGGACCUGAGCUGUAAUGAACUACUAGGAGACUCUGGAGUGAAACACCUCAGUGAUCUACUGAUGAACACACAAUUCAAGCUGGAGAAACUAGAUCUGUGUGGAUGCAGUAUUACAGAGAAACAGUGUCUCAUCCUGACUUCAGCUCUGAAAUCAAACCCAUCACACCUGAGAAAACUAAACCUGAGCGGGAAUGAGCUACUAGGAGACUCUGGAGUGAAACACCUCAGUGAUCUACUGAUGAACACACAAUUCAAGCUGGAGAAACUACAUCUGUGUGGAUGCAGUAUUACAGAGAAACAGUGUCUCAUCCUGACUUCAGCUCUGAAAUCAAACCCAUCACACCUGAGAGAACUGGACCUGAGCUGUAAUGAACUACUAGGAGACUCUGGAGUGAAACACCUCAGUGAUCUACUGAUGAACACACAAUUCAAGCUGGAGAAACUAGAUCUGUGUAGAUGCAGUAUUACAGAGAAACAGUGUCUCAUCCUGACUUCAGCUCUGAAAUCAAACCCAUCACAUCUGAGAGAACUGAACCUGAGCUGUAAUAAACUACUAGGAGACUCUGGAGUGAAACACCUCAGUGAUCUACUGAUGAACACACAAUUCAAGCUGGAGAAACUAGAUCUGAGUUAUUGCAGUAUUACAGAGAAACAGUGUCUCAUCCUGACUUCAGCUCUGAAAUCAAACCCAUCACACCUGAGAGAACUGAACCUGAGCAGGAAUAAACUACUAGGAGACUCUGGAGUGAAACACCUCAGUGAUCUACUGAUGAACACACAAUUCAAGCUGGAGAAACUAGAUCUGUAUGGAUGCAGUAUUACAGCGAAACAGUGUCUCAUCCUGACUUCAGCUCUGAAAUCAAACCCAUCACACCUGAGAGAACUGAACCUGAGCUGUAAUGAACUACUAGGAGACUCUGGAGUGAAACACCUCAGUGAUCUACUGAUGAACACACAAUUCAAGCUGGAGAAACUAGAUCUGUGUGAUUGCAGUAUUACAGAGAAACAGUGUCUCAUCCUGACUUCAGCUCUGAAAUCAAACCCAUCACACCUGAGAGAACUGAACCUGAGCUGGAAUAAACUACUAGGAGACUCUGGAGUGAAACACCUCAGUGAUCUACUGAUGAACACACAAUUCAAGCUGGAGAAACUACAUCUGUGUGGAUGCAGUAUUACAGAGAAACAGUGUCUCGUCCUGACUUCAGCUCUGAAAUCAAACCCAUCACACCUGAGAGAACUCAACCUGAGCAGGAAUGAACUACUAGGAGACUCUGGAGUGAAACACCUCAGUGAUCUACUGAUGAACACACAAUUCAAGCUGGAGAAACUACAUCUGUGUAGAUGCAGUAUUACAGAGAAACAGUGUCUCAUCCUGACUUCAGCUCUGAAAUCAAACCCAUCACACCUGAGAGAACUGAACCUGAGCGGGAAUAAACUACUAGGAGACUCUGGAGUGAAACACCUCAGUGAUCUACUGAUGAACACACAAUUCAAGCUGGAGAAACUACAUCUGAGUUAUUGCAGUAUUACAGAGAAACAGUGUCUCAUCCUGACUUCAGCUCUGAAAUCAAACCCAUCACACCUGAGAGAACUGGACCUGAGCGGGAAUAAACUACUAGGAGACUCUGGAGUGAAACACCUCAGUGAUCUACUGAUGAACACACAAUUCAAGCUGGAGAAACUACAUCUGAGUUAUUGCAGUAUUACAGAGAAACAGUGUCUCAUCCUGACUUCAGCUCUGAAAUCAAACCCAUCACACCUGAGAGAACUGAACCUGAGCAGGAAUAAACUACUAGGAGACUCUGGAGUGAAACACCUCAGUGAUCUACUGAUGAACACACGAUUCAAGCUGGAGAAACUACAUCUGCGUGAUUGCAGUAUUACAGAGAAACAGUGUCUCAUCCUGACUUCAGCUCUGAAAUCAAACCCAUCACACCUGAGAGAACUGAACCUGAGCGGGAAUAAACUACUAGGAGACUCUGGAGUGAAACACCUCAGUGAUCUACUGAUGAACACACAAUUCAAGCUGAAGAAACUAGAUCUGUGUGGAUGCAGUAUUACAGAGAAACAGUGUCUCAUCCUGACUUCAGCUCUGAAAUCAAACCCAUCACACCUGAGAGAACUGAACCUGAGCUGGAAUGAACUACUAGGAGACUCUGGAGUGAAACACCUCAGUGAUCUACUGAUGAACACACAAUUCAAGAUGGAGAAACUAGAUCUGUGGGGAUGCAGUAUUACAGAGAAACAGUGUGUCAUCCUGACUUCAGCUCUGAAAUCAAACCCAUCACACCUGAGAGAACUGAACCUGAGCGGGAAUAAACUACUAGGAGACUCUGGAGUGAAACACCUCAGUGAUCUACUGAUGAACACACAAUUCAAGCUGGAGAAACUAGAUCUGUUUUAUUGCAGUAUUACAGAGAAACAGUGUCUCAUCCUGACUUCAGCUCUGAAAUCAAACCCAUCACACCUGAGAGAACUGAACCUGAGCUGGAAUCAAAUAAGAAACACAGGAGUGAAUCACUUAUGUGACGUACUGAAGGAUUCACGCUGUAAACUGGAGAGAUUGAGUCUUCGUUACUGUGACAUUACAGAUGUUUCUUUGACAAACACAAAAGCUCUGCAGUUUCUAAAAGAGCUUGAUCUGAGAUAUAAUAUGAUUGGAGACUCAAAGCAAAAGCUCAUUGAUGUGCUACGAGACUCAAACUGUGAACUGAGAGUAAAUAAAGUCCCUGAUAGAGUUAAAUCACCAGAAGCUGAUGAAUGCUGUAUCUCAUAAAGUGAAGUGAUCUUGAGAGGAGCAGUAAACAUCAGCUGAAGAUCCACAGAAGAGCUUCACUACUGUGUCUAUGAGGAGAAAUAAAUGUGUGAUAAAUGUGUAAAUGUGAUCCAUACAGGUGAAGAGACUCAGACUUUACAAUCAAAUAAUGCAGCAUGUGUGUUAGAAACAUGAUAUUGAAUGAUUAAUGUUGCUUUAGUAUUCAAGCAGAUGAUCAUUGUGUUUAAUGUAAAGCUGGAACAGAGGAGGAAGAAGCUCAGAUUAUUCUAUUUUACUUUAUAUUUAGUUGUGUGUCUGUUGUUAAUGU